UUAUCGCGGUAGACGUGUGUGCAGUGUGUGUUUUGUUUCGCGCUAACAGUUUUUGGUUUUCGAUUUAUACUAUCGGUCGUCUGCUCCAGUUGAAAACGAAUUCUUGUGUAUCAAGUCUUAAGCGUUUUAGCAAGUUAAUAUUUUUCAAUUAGAUUUCAACUUUUUUAAAUUUGUCUUCUGUAUAUUCAUACUGUGAUGAAACAUAUGAUUAACAUCAAAUUAUUGGGGAUUUAAUAUUUUCGUAUUAAAAUGAAUUAAAAGUGUAUAAAGAAAAAAAUUAUCAUUGCCAUAAUUUUUUUAAUUUCUUAUUUCAAUAUUUUUCAUUAUAGUUUCCUGUGGAAAUGAUUAUAUACUCAAAAAAAAUGUGGUUCUUAAUAAAAUAAUAUAAAUGAGUUCUGAACAGAAUAUACGCACUGAUAGGAAUACAAAUAUUUCAAGCGAUGGUGUGGAGAUAAAAAAUAACGGUGAUUGCGCUAAUGUUUGUGAUGCCGCUCCAAUUCGAAUUAGAAACUUGGAUCAUCACAGUGAACCAGAAACCGAAACUAAUUCCGCGCCUUCCGGAUUAAAAACAACUAAAAAGGAUUUACCAAAUCUUCCUCAUAUAGCUCUGCAGCCUUCAGCAAGUGUUCCCAUACGGGAAGAUCGAAGUACUCCAUCAGAAGAAGAUAGCUGUGAAAAUUUAAUGUGUCAUAGUUGGUCUGGGUCAGAAAGCAGAGAUGACAAAUGCACACAUUUUCACAAUCAGUACCAAAGGCCAAAAUCUGUUUCAUUCCACACAGGAUCUAGUCUUCCUAUUGAAAGCAAAAUAUCAAAUGCUAUUGAUUGUGUUAAAUACAUGAUAAAUGGCAGCAAUCUAAUCAAAGUUCGUCCAAGUGCUCGACAGUACAGACGCUUCUUCAGACUUGAAAAUUGCUCUGAUGAAUAUGCUUUGAAAUGGAUGCCAUCUUCUAAAAAGUCAUCAAAAGCAAAAAUUCUAAUAAAAUCUAUGAAGGAAGUGCGAAUGGGAAGAACAACUGAUGUAUUAAGAAGCAAGGAAAUCUCAUGGACAUAUUCUGAAGAUUGUGCUUUUUCAAUAAUUUAUAAUGACAAUUUUGAAUCUCUUGAUCUGAUAGCAUCAUCUCCAGAUGAAGCUAAUAUUUGGGUUACUGGGCUGAAUCUUUUGAUUAAUGCAAUAAAGUCAGCGCCAGAUUCGAUUGAUGAAACUCAAAAAAUGAGAGAAAAAUGGUUAAAAGAUGUCUUCGAUCAAGCAGAUACCGAUCAAAAGGGAUUACUGAGUGAAUAUGAUGCCAUAUCAUUAAUGAAAAGAAUUAAUAGUGCUCUAAGUACAGUCCGCUUGCACCAAAAAUUUAUGGAAUUUGAGCAUGGAAAGCAAGGAGAAGAAAGAGGAAGAAUCGAUCGAAGUGGUUUUGUAAAUAUAUUCACUGAAACUACUAGGAAAGAAAUACAUUUUUUGUUAAUAAGGUUCUCUGGUAAGGAUUAUAUGACUUUAGAGGAUCUGCAACUGUUUCUUGAAGGAGAACAAGGAAUGGUUAAUAUUAGCACAGAAGAUUGUAUGAAGAUUAUUGAGCAAUAUGAGCCAUCUGAUGAAGCUAAGAAAAAUAAACAAAUACUAAUUGAUGGUUUUACUCUGUUCCUCCUGUCUGAAAGCUGUGAUAUUUUUAAUCCUGAACACCUGACUGUUUGUCAAGAUAUGACUCAUCCUUUUCCUCAUUAUUUCAUUUCUACAUCUCAUAAUACUUAUCUUUUAGAAGAUCAAUUAAAAGGGCCUUCCAGUGUAGAGGGUUAUAGCACUGCUCUGAAAAUGGGCUGUCGCUGUUUGAAGGUGGAUUGUUGGGAUGGUUUGGAUGGUCCUGUUGUCUUUCAUGGUAAUACCUUAACUUCAAAAAUUUCUCUUGAAGAUGUUCUGGAAACAAUUGUGGAAUUCGCUUUUGUUACAUCACCGUAUCCAUUAAUUAUUCAUUUAGAAAAUCAUUGCAGUCUUGAAAAUCAAGAGAAAGUCGCUUCACUCUUCACUAAAAUAUUAGAUGAUUAUUUAUUUAUUCCAAGCAAAGAGGGCAAGCAGAAAGUUUCACAGAUGACACCUGAACUUUUAAAAAGAAAAAUAAUUAUUAAAGGUAAAAAACUCCCAGCAACAUGUACAGGUCCAAAUGGUGAUGUUUCAGAUGAGGAUGAAGACCAAGAAGGAAGUGGCAGCAAAAGUAUAUUCAGAAAAAUUAAAUUGUGUCGUUCAUUAUCAGAUCUUGUUGCUUUAACGAGAACAAGGUUUUGGGAUAUUGAAUUAACAGAAGAAAUUCAGAAAUUGUCAGAUGUGUCAUCGUUUUCUGAAGGGAUGGCUUCCAAAUUAGCUCAGAUAUCUCCUGAAGAUAUGGUGAACUACAGUAGAAGAUAUCUAAUUCAUGUUUUCCCAAAUAGCAAUCGUGUCGAUAGCAGUAAUUAUAAUCCUUUGGAGUACUGGUGUCUUGGAUGUGAAUUAGUUGCAAUGAAUUAUCAAACAGCUGGACUAAUGAUGGAUUUAUAUCAAGGUUGGUUUCAGCAAAAUGGGAACUGUGGUUACACUCUUAAACCUUCCUUUCUUAGAGAUCCAUUGUGUCUGUAUUCAGGAGGCUGUGCUAAAGAUCCCUUGCCUGGUGUUGAACCAACUAUAUUAAAUCUUAAGAUUAUUAGUGCUCAGCAGUUACCUCAACCUAAAGGAGCAUCUGCCAAAGCUAGUUCAAUUGAUCCAUACAUUGUUGUUCAGAUCUAUGGAAUGGGUAUAGAUUGCGCAGAAGCACGUACAAGAACUCAUGAAGGUCAUUCUCCUAUAUUUGAUGAAAGUUUUGAGUUUACUGUAACAGUUCCUGAACUUGCAUUGUUAAGGAUAGCUGUAUUAGAUGACGAAUUUAUUGGGGAUGAUUUUAUUGGGCAGUAUACAAUUCCACUUACUUGCUUGCGUAGAGGCUACCGUCAUUUACGACUGUUAUCUAAUAAUGGGGAUCCUUUGUAUAAUACAACACUUUUUGUAUACAUCUCUAUGACUACAAGAUCUGAAAAACAGAGAAACAAGAGGAGAAAGGCUUGGCUAAAUAUGAAGGCUGUAGGUAUUAAACAAGCAGAUGAUGUUUUUAAGAAUGCUGCUAAUCAUUUAGCCGAAGCUUAUAAGAUGCGAAUUGAUGAAGAACAAGCAAUGUUAGAUUUGUGUAAAGAAUGUGGUCUUCCAGAUCAUGCUAACCUCGUACAAUGUGUUAGAGUAUUAUCUCUACGUAUGGCUAGCUCACCUGCUGUAACAUCGUGGGAAAUAGAAAAUAUUAGUACUCAACCAACAGUGCGAGUAUGUGGCGAACUUUCUUCUUGUUUAUGUAAAGCUGUCUCAUUGUUAGAAAAGGUCCUGGUUGAAUAUAAUUACAUUAAAAAGAAUGCUCAUGAUAUUCUGAAAAUACUUACAGAUCACUGUAAAACAGGAGAAACUACUUGGUGUGAAAUGAUGCAUAAUACAUCUAAUCUUGGGUUAAAAGGAAGAAAAGUAGAAAAGAUUGCUGAAAACUUUUUAUGGAAUAUGACUAUGUUAGCUACUCAAACUGACCUAUUAAAAGCAGUGUAUGAACAGAGCUGUACAACAAUUAAUCAGUUGAGCAAUUUGAUGCCAGUUUUCCUUAAGUUAUUUCAACGGGAAAGAGAGAGUGUCAUUGCUAAUGUAUCCAGUGCUGCUGUAACUCCAGUGUUAACAAAUCAAAUAAAUCUACUGCCUUCCUCUGAACCUAUUCCCCUCACUCCAACUUCUCCGGGUGAUGGCAGAUUACGUGGUAUACUUAAGAAAACCAGCACAGCAUCUACAAUUCCAGUCUCUGGAAGCCAGGUUGAUAGCAAUGGUGGAUCAUCUGUCUUCUUUCCUGGAAAUAUAUCUGAAAAUACAAAUAGGUAGCACAAGCCACAAAUAGUUACAUUUACUUUUCCUCAGCUAAUGUUUGGCAAGCAGUAACCUGAGCAAAUGCUGGGAAAUGGUUGUAUUAGUAUCAUUUAUACAAUCUUUAUAUUAAGAAAGUCAUCAAACAUUCAGAACAUUUGCUUCAGUGGAUAUUAUGGAUUAUUUGAAAAGCAAUAUGCUCCAUAUCUAGUCUUCUAUUCAUCCAGUGGUGAAUAUUGUUAUGGGACAUAAAAGAAUGUUUUUUUAAAAAAAAUUCUAGGUUGUAGUCAUGUAUAGAAAAUUUUUAGCCUUCAUAAAAGGAUUUUUUUUUUUCUGUCUCCCUGUAAAAUGUUUCUUUCUUAAGUUAUUGCUGUUUGAGAUUAUUUUAGUUGGUAUGAAAUUUUUUCCCUGUGGUUGCUGUGCAAAUAAGAUGAUGCUCAAAUUAUGCACCUCUUUUUUAUUAUUUAUUACUUAUGUGUUGUUUUGUAAAACUUAAAAGCUUUUAGUUUUUUUUAUAGUAUUAAUUUGUUGUGAUAAUUUAUAUCAAAAAAAAAUUUACACUGUUCAGUUAAUGUCAUUUUUUUAUUCAAAGUAUGAUGAGUUGGUUAAAAAAAAAACAUCUUUCAUGGCUUUGUACAAAUUUAGAUUAUGCCAAAACUAUUUUGUUUCAUAUUGUCUGUCCAGUGUUUCAUUAAAAAAAAUGUAAAAUGAGAUGAUGCUUUUCUACUAAUGAUGUUGAGUAAUGCUAUAUGAAUUAAAAAUGUAUAAUUUGUUUUAAAAGUGAUAUUUUGCUAAUAUUAAAAUAUCAUAAACAAAUUUCGUAAUAAUUCUUUAAAUCUGUAAUAGUUCUUUUAGAUAUUACCAAAAUAAUUAUCUUAAAGAAAAAAUAUUUCUUUACAAAGAAUAUAUAAAUUAUGUUGUUUAAUGGUACAAAUGAAUACUAAAUUUUAAAUUCUUUCUUGUGUCAAUCUAGUUGCAGAAUUUUUUUAUCCUUCCAUAUAAAAACCUCAGCAUUCUAGAAGAGUAAUUCUAAUUGCUUAAUUUAGACAGUUCAUGAUUCACAAAUGUAUUUUUAAAUUGAUAUAAAAUAUCAGUUAAAAAGUCCAAAAAAGUAUGAUUUUUUUAAAUUUCUGAUUAUUAUUGAAUAUUUUUUCCAGCACUGGAAGACCCUCUUUUAUUAUAUAUUUAUGCUGUCUUAAUUUUUAAAAAAAGUUAUACAUUCAAGAAAAAAUAAUUAUAUUUAAACAAAAGCAAUGUUAUAGUAUUUGUUUUUCUCCUGAAUUCGGAGAAAGAUAACAUAUAUUGUUAUACAUGAUAACUUAAUGAAGUUCUUUUUAAAAAUGUGUUUUUAUGUAUAUUAUAAAUUUUUAAACUUUUAUUCUGUAAAAUAUUAAUAGAUUUUGUCAAAUUAUUUGUUUUACUGUCAUUAAUGUUUCAUCCUAGCUUUUUUUCAAUCUGUCAACUGUAUAUACUUCUGAAACCACAAUUUUUAAAUAUUUCUAAAUUUUCUUUUAUGUGAUAUUUAAUAAUCAAAUUUGAAAGUCAAAAUGUUUUUUUUAAAGUAAAGCUACACCAUUGAUGUACAUUUUUCCUAUUAGUGUUCAGUCAUUACUGUUUAAUGUUACGAAGAGGGGGGGAACCUAUUGAACAGCUUUUAAACUGUUGUACAAAAUUAAGUAUUUCAUAUAAUAUAUUUUUGUUGUGCAGUUAUUAAAAUUCAAUAAUUCUAAAUAUUUUGUUUCAGUUGAACAGCUUUUAGACAGUUUAUUGGUUAAAAAUAUUUUUCUAUAUAUAUAUAUAUCUCAAAAUCAGUGUUUAGUUCAUUUUAAAUUUUGGUCAAUGUUGGAAGUUCAGAAAAACUUAGUUUUAUAGUUCUAAGAAGCUGCUAUUAUGAAAAAUUGUUGAUUGUGUACAAUAUAUUUAUUCAUGUUGGAUUAACUGAUAUCAUUUAUAAUUAGAAAGAUGUAUCUAUUUGUUGCAUUUUUUAAAUUAUAUUAUAAAAAUUUUGAGAUGCAGCCAAAA